AAAGGAACCCAAUCAAAACGGCAAAGUAGAGAAUCGAAACAAAUGAAGAUGGAACCCUAGGUUUUAAAAGCAAAAUUAUAUUGAUGAUGAUAAUGGCAUAAGCGUAUCAUGGCUGGGGAAAACAAAUCAAGCGCGCGACCUUGGGGUACAUUAGAGGAACUCCUCCUUGUAUGUGCCGUCAACCGCCACGGCACUAAAAGCUGGGAUUCUAUCGCCUCGGAACUUCAGAAUCGGAGACUCACUUCUUCCUUUCUUCCUUCCUUCACUCCACAACUCUGUAAAGACAAGUUUUUUGAUCUUAAACGACGCUUCAUAUCCACAAAUGGCGCCUCUUCUUCCUCUAGUUUGGUUGACCAGCUUCGAAGGAUUCGCGUAGAAGAGCUCCGUCGAGAGGUUCAAGAACGUGACGUUUCAAUCGUGUCGUUGGAAUUGAAGGUCAAGAGAUUGGAGGAGGAAAGAGAGAGGAGUUCUAAAGAGGAGACAGAUCUGGAUGACCGACAGAAUAUUUUAUCACCGGAUACCGUCGCCGGCACACCCGCCGGCGGUGAUGGCUCCGGUGAUCUCGAUGACCGAUCAUUCAACGAGUCCAACUCCACCAGUCAAAAACCCGAGCUGACCACGUCGGCCACUAUUAUUGUUAAAGACGAGCAAAACAAUGCCGGAGAAGUGGUAGGAGAAAGGAACGCACAAGUUAUAACAGAGCCGAUCGAACCGAGAGGUGAAAAUGAGAUUGAUCCGGUUCGAACCGGGGAAGGGCCAGUUAAUGAACGAUUAAAUGGUGAAGAACAUGAUAAUAAGAAGCAGGUGAGUGACGUACAAAGUUCGGCUAGUUUAUCGAAGAAGAAAAGAUGUAAUGGUAGUAGUAAGGGCGGAAGCAGCAGCAGAGAGGAACGUGAGGGAGAUGAGGUUUCUCCCGCCAUGAAGCGAGCCCCGGCGGUGAAGCCCGAGUCCAUGGUUAGGCUUCUAGGGAUCAUCCGCUCUAAUCGGCUCGGCUCGGCUUUGGAUCGCCGCCAACGGAGCCAGGAAUCUGCAAGAUACAAAAACCUGAUAAGGCAACACAUGGAUCUCCAAAGAAUUCAAACCAGGCUUGAUAAAGGUGUCUACUCUGAAUGCAGCACAAAGUUCUUGAGGGAUCUCCUCCUUUUAUUCAACAAUCUCAUCGUAUUUCACCACAAAAGUUCCCCCGAACGUAUUGCUGCUCAACAACUCCGGGCAUUGGUGUUGAAGGAAAUGACCCAUAUGCUUCCAAAACAAUCCGAAACCGAUGAUGUUGCGAAACCCAACAAAUCUUCUACUAUAGUCGCAUGUGGCAAACGCAGAUUUUCCAAGGCAGUAACCAAGAAUACUUCUACGAGUACUAGGAGAGGAGAUGAAAAAGAAAGAGGCGUUGAAGAGAAGAAGGUUGAUGGUAGUUGUCCUAUUGCGACUGAUGACAUGGGCAUAAGGAAGAAACGAAGUAAAGAAAGAGUGGUUUCAGGCCGUCGAAACUCAUUAAGAACAAGCAGCACCAGUGAGGAAACAAAGCAUGAGUAUGGUGGUAAUGAGCUUAGUUCUCAUGACGCUUUGGAGAUGAAGGUGGAUAUUAAGAAAGAAAAUAAUAAUCACAACAAUAAUAAUAAGGCAAGAAAGAAACAAGGAGCAGCAAGUUUCUUGAAAAGAAUGAAGCAAAAUUCACCAAGUGAAGUGACGGAGAAAGACGAGGAUGAUGAUGAAGAUGAUGAUUCGGAGGAUCAUAGUAAAGAUGAAAAAGAGAAGGGCAGGGUGGAGAGGGUUACCCGGAGUUCAGGAGGAAGAGGGGCAAGGGCGAAGAGAGGGGUUGGGAGGCCACCGAAGGUGGUGGCGGAGUCGACGGGAAAGAGAGGGAGGGAGAACGUUGAGAAUGAGGUGGGAUUGGGAGGUACGGGAAGGGCUAGGAAACGAGGUAGAAGGUGAUUGGUGAUAAAUGAUAGUGCUGUAUAAUGUAUAUAUAUAGUAUAGUAAUUGAUGUUUUUCUUCUGCUUUUGCUAUUGGUAUUUUACUUUCUAA